GGAAGUCCACACUCUGCAAAUCCCUCAAUUUCUUCCUGGCCAAACAGAAACACAAAUACAGCCAAACAGAAACACAAAUACACCCAAUUACCAACCCUUUGAUCAGACGAUAAUAAAAACCCCUAAACAAUUGAAUUUGAUAGAGAAAACAGAAGAAGAAGAAGAAGAAUGUUUCGAAUCACAAGAGCUAGACCUCUGUCGCCACUAGCCCACCAAUUCAUCCAACGAUGUUCUGUGAGCGGAACAGCCAAAGGCAAGGCCAAAAUGAAAGAUGGUCAACCCAAGAAACGCAACAAAAUAUCCGCUAAGAAAGGCUCCAAAGAUCAAGAUCCUUCUAAGUCACCUUCAUUCUCGCGUCAAGACGCCGAGAAGUACCGUUUGUACGAGGAAUGCAUCAAUGCCCCUACCCCAGUUCGUUUCCUCAAACCCAAAGAACGAGCGCGUGAAGCCGAGCGCGAGAAGUUGGGGCUUGAAAGCCAGGAGAGGAAGCGCGAGAAAGAAAUUCUCAAGAAAGGAGGCAGGCAAUCCAUGGGAGUUCCUGAUGAGCCGAUGAUCAUGGGAACUCCUGGAUUGGACCUUAUAGCUCUUGGAUUGGUGGAUGUGGAUAAGAUACCCAAGUAUGAGCUGACUGAGGAGGAUGGGAAGAGAUUGGCCAAGGAGUAUAGCAGAGUUUUGAUGAGGAAGCACAGGGCCAGACAAGCAGCAGAGUCGACCCUGUUGAGGUUGAAGAAGGAGGCCAUUGAGGCAUUGCCAGAGAAGUUGAAGCAGGCUGCUUUGGUUCCAGAUUUGACGCCUUUUCCAGUGAACAGGUUCAUGGCGACCCUGACUCCCCCAAUUGAAGGAUACAUUGAGAAGGUUAAGGAAGCAGCAAGGAGAAGCUCAGGGAAAGAGAAAAUUAGAUAAUGUGUUGGACUGCAAAAAAUCUCUUCUUCCAGGCAAACAUGCAUAAGAGUAGGGUAGUAACAUUGGCAUGCUGCAUAUUCAACAAGUCUAAACUCUUAACCUCAGACUGUGUGUGUGUGUGUGUGUCCGUUUGAGAGUUUUUUUUUUUUUGUCUUUUUUUUUUUUGGACAAUGGAAAGAAACAAGAACAGCUCAACUUACAUUUGUGUCACAGUGAAUCCUACAAGAAAGACUCAAUGUCCAGUUCCAAGAAUGAGCAUGGAUCAGGAACAUCAUAGUUGUUCAAAAUCUGAGAAGACGUUAAAUUUGAAUGUUAACCAGAAAGGAAAUUUACUAA